AUGCAAUCCAAACAAAUAAAUGAAAAAACACCAAUGACACCGAUGCAAAUGUCACAAUCGACAAGUAAACAAAAUUACGUACCAAAUAAUAGUGUACAAAAAACAAGAACAACGCUUCUUAUUCUUCUGGGAAUUCAUAUGUUUGCAUGGUUGGGUAUUGUUGAAUUAGUUGCUCUUGCCGUUCUCAUCGUUAUUGGAAUUAUUGCAAUAACUACUUUUUCAGCUGUAUUACAUGAUAUUGAUAUUGGAAUUGUUUUAAGUGUGAUUCUUCUUAUUGUAUCAGUUCUUACAUUUAUUUUUACAACACUGACAGUUGUCUUUUCAUUUGAAUUGGCCAAAUUAAUUCAAAUUCAACACAAUUAUCAAUACAUCUAA